AUGGACUUAAAAUCAUCAGAAAGUAACUUCGUUAUUAUAACAAACACAGAUAAGCUUAAAAUAUUUUGCAAAAUAUAUUGGAAAACAGUUUUAUUUGUGACAGUUCCUAUAAUAUUAUUACCUAUUUAUUUCAUUGGAGAAAAUAACGCCUAUCCUUGUUUUUACGUUUUUCUUAUAACGGCCGUGUACUGGACCACAGAUGCGGCACAUCCAGCUGUCAUCGCUCUGACGUCACUAGCGUUAUCUACACUUUUCACAUUUUUUGGCGUGGAAAUAGUUACAUCGAUUUACGUGACGAGUGCUUUACUGGAUAGUCUUGGAGUUAUGUUCAUAAUUGUGGCGAUGGAACAUUGCAACUUCCACAGGCGUGCUGCGUUGAAGAUAUUACUCAUUUUCGGUUGCUCGCAUUACAGGAUAAGUGUCCUUCUAUUCUUCACCGCCAUGUUCCUCUCUAUGUGGAUAUCCAAUAUUAUCACGUGUGGCUUAAUGAUACCUCUGGUCAAGGCUAUCAUUCUAGAACUUGAAAAGCUAGGCAUAAUAGAAAUGUAUGAGGCGAAUGACAAAAGCACGAGCUCGCCACGAAAACCUACAGUUUUAACAUCGUUCUAUUUCUUAGGCAUCGCAUAUUCUUCGUCGAUAGGCGGUAUGGCAACAUUAUUCGGAAGCCGAACGAAUCAAAUUUUCAAGAAAAUCUGUGAAACGACAUUCCCCUUUGGACCGAAGAUUGAGUUCCCACAAUUUAUGUUGCUUAAUCUACCAGGCAUUCUGCUGUUGGAGAUACUGGUCUAUUUAUGGUUGAACUUUUAUUUCUUGGGCAUGUUCAGGUCUUACCACGACGCUCCUUUGCAAAUGAGUAUGACUGAAGAGGAGUCCCAUUAUAUGAACACGUUGCUCUCCGCCAGGUACCAGCAACUGGGAGACGUGACGUUUCAUGAAACGGUUGUGUCCACGGUCGUGGUUUUAACAGCUGUCUUGCAGUUAAUAAGUAGUUCAGUGUUUAUGGACUAUUCAAGCAAUAAAACUUUAAUGAGCCACAUCAAGCUGUCGGCCCCUUCCGUGUUGUGUACACUUCUACUGUUUAUCACGCCAAUAAAUUUCAAAUUUUUACGUUACUUCAAAAGGCGUUCUGGUAUUUUAGAGCUACUACCAACCGCUCCGUGCAAGACGUGUCUCAACUGGGAGUUAGUUAAAAACAAUAUUCCUUGGAGUGUAUUAUUUGUAAUAGGUGGCAGUAACACAAUAUUCGAAGCGCUAAAACUCUCCAAAAUGACGGAAGAGUUCGAGAAGUUUCUUCUGCUAUUCUCCGGCUGGCCAGCGCCGGCGCUAGUGAUAAUUGUCAUCGUAUUUUGCAAACUCCUUACCGAGUUCGCCUCCAACUCUUGCGUGGCGUACGUUAUGCUUCCGCAUAUUGCUAAAUUGAGUAUAAUGUCAAAAGUAAAUCCUCACUACCUGAUGUUGGCUGCAACGAUCUCUACUUCUCUCCCCUUCCACUUGAUGACUGGCACGCCAGCUAAUGCCAUGGUAUUGGCUUACGUUCACGUUCCGCCAAGGAAUAUGUUAUGUGCCGGCAUCGGGCCUUCGAUUAUAGCCAUGACAGUAAUAUGGUUCACAGUGACCAUGUGGUCCAAAGCCAUAUGGACUGAGAUAAACUUGUUCCUAAAGUGGGCAGAUGUGAAUAUGGUAACAUAA